AUGCCAGAACAGACAAUCAGUGUUCUUCAGAGAAGCCACGCAAAUACAGAAUUAACGCGUAGGAGACGAGAGCGGAGAUCUGUAAUUCCCUUGAUAUUUCCCAUUCUUGUUUUUUCUUUCUUUCUUUCUUUCUUUUUUCUUUCUUGCUUUCUUUCUUCUACAAAUGUUUCCUUUCUUCCUUCCUCGUAUAAAUUAUUCUUCUUUUUCUUCUUUUUCUCUUUUUCUUUCAUUCUUGCUUUUCCAUCGCACUUUUUACAUCUUUAUUUUCCCCUAGCUUUCCUCUUCUUUCUUUCUUUCUUUCUUUCUUUCUUUUUCUUUCUUUCUUUCAUUCUUUCUUUUAACUCUUCUUCUUCUUCUUCUUCUUCUUCUUCUUCUUCUUCUUCUUCUUCUUCUUCUUCUUCUUCUGUUCGAAUUUCCUUCUUUCUUUCCAUCUUGCUUUUCUGUCGUACUUUUAAGCUUUUUACUUUCUUCUAG